AGGUUAAUGUGAGACUUUCCUUUAUUUGGCUGUUGGGCUUCCUGCCAUGUGUUCAAGCAAUAAAUGGGCUGUAACAGAGCUGCUUCCAGCACUCUGGUGAGUAGAACUAACCCAGCAGAGAGAAUAGCAUUCAGAAUAAGGACUGGAUAACAGAGGCAAGUCGCGUUAUCAGGAUUUCUCAAGUGUUUCUGCAAUGCUGCUCCGCUCAGGCCGCAAAAAACCACAUGCAGCAUCUCUCCGUAGAAGGCAGCCUGUUAAGCAGCAAUCUCUGCUAAGAACUGUGAAAAGAUAUUCUGGAAAGCCAGGGUUUAGUCUGCGAGAAACAGUGAAAUGCUAUAUACUGACUGAAGAUUCAAAAACAGUGCAUUUUGACAUAGAUGAAGAUGGCCAUCACGAAAUAUCAACCAAGGAUUCACAAUCCCAUGAAGAUAUUGCGUGGUUAAGUGUGUUCACAAGGGAUGAAUCAGCAGUACCUGGUAAGACUCCCCUGGCAACAAAAGCAGAUUCGAAAAAUUUGGUCAUCCUCACACAGAGAUCAAAGCUUAAUGAAUUUGUCCUGUUGUGCAAGGGUAAGAAGCAUCUCUCUCUGAAGGUCUUAAAAGCAUCCUGUUCAGAGCCAGAUUAUCAUUCAGUGGAAAGAAAUGACAUGAAAACAUGCAACCAUGAAGAUCCCGACUUCAAGCAGCUGAGUGAAUAUAAUCACUUUUUCAUUAUGCAUUACCAAGGAGAUUCAGUGCAGUUCCAAUGCUAUGAAGAUACCCGUUACUACCUGUAUGUGAAUGACGACUCACUUGAUAUUCGCAAGCCGGAAAAAAAGGAAUCCACCGAGGACAAAAAUUUUUACUUCAGGGUAUCAUAUUUACAGGAAAACUGUGCCUGAAAGAAUAUUCUGAAUUCUGUUUGCUGCAGAACAAUUUAACGAGAGUAUUCUUCAUAUAUGACUUAUAGUACUUUGACUAUAUAUGUAACUUGUUAGAAUAAGAUCUGUGAGAAAAACAUCAAUAAAGAACAUCAUCCUUAUGCUGGUUAAUCUGACAAAAGCUAAUGAAAAUAAUGUAAAAGAGAGGACCAUGUCUUCUUAGGGUCUAUGUGCUAAUUUUUCAGAAAAAAACAGAGUUUUUUCAAUCAUGGGGAAAGGAAUGGUCUUUUACAGUAACAGAAAAAAAUAAUUUACAGUAAAAACCACUGAAGACUGGUAAAAGAAUGACUGCAUUAAAGUGUGAGUUUAGGAACAAUUGUCAUAUGUUAAAGCAAGAGACUUGCAGCCAGCCUUCCUAGCCCUGAAAUAUGUGUCUAGUAUACACUGUAUUACAUGCCACCUUCAAUAUGGGUGGCCAAAAUAACCAGAAAUUAGAAUUAGAAAUUGUUAGACUAAUGAAUGCUCUUACAGUCUUAAGAAAAUACAACAAUCUGGCAUUAGUGCAACUGCAGCAGUACUAAAACUUGCAAGUAAUCCAAAUCAUGCAGUUUCUAUUAAGGAUCUUUAGUAACACAACACAUCAGCAGAUAAAGACUCAUUUCUGCCUCUUCUCUGGUGUGAAAUUCUCACCAGCCAAUGAAGUCAAGGGCCCUUUUUUCUUACAUAGGAUGAUAUGAUGAUGUUGCCAUUACAAUAGAUGCAAUAAUAUAUAUGUAUCAUGUAAUUCCCCACUGAUUUAGACAGGCGAGUAUUCUGUCUUGAGUGUUACUGCUUAUACACGUGGCAUGAAUUUUGAAGUAGAAAGUGUGUAUAAACAGAGAUUUUAAAAAUAUCAUCUUGUUUUUAUUUCUAUUUGUAAUGUGUCUAACUGAAGAAACGAUAGGCAGGUUAAAUUCUUCCAACAUUUGUAUGUUUUAAAUGCAAACCCUCAUAUUCUCUGUAUAUGUGAAUAACUGCAGAGGGGCAGAUUCUCUACCAGCUACUUUCUUCAUUACUUCUGGCAAAUUACAUGGCUAAGUCAUACCGAGGGCGAACAACAGCAGCUGGUAAUGUACAGCUCCUAUGUCAACACGAAUUGCAGUUCCUUGAAGCCAUCCUUCCCUAGUACAGUCUCGUGACUUCAGGUGAAUGGUAGUAAACGUAUAUCCAAAUUUUAUCACAUCAACAAGCUAUGAAAACAUACUCAGCAGCUGAAAACAAUUACUUAUUCUAUUUUAUCCAAACCUUGACAUUUAUUUCCAACUGAUAUAGGGCCUAGAUCUCUGGUGUCUAGAGUGACUGAACAGGGAAGCCAAGCAGGUCAAGGAAAGAAAGCUUACUCCUCUAUUUGGCAUUUGCAAGACUGUACCUGCAGUACUGUGUUCAGUUUUGGGCUUCCCAGCACACACCAGCACGAGGCUGAGCAGAAGGUAGUUGGGAGGAUGGAGUAUUUGAGGAGGAGAGGCUAGGGCAGCUGAGAUUUUUAGCCUGGAGGUGAGAAGGGUGACCAUACACCUAGCUGAAGAGGAAUUGUAGAGAAAAGGGAAUUAAACCUUCCUUAGAGGUGCAUAGCAGAAGGAGAACAGGCAGUAGUCACAAGUUGUAGCAAGGGAAGUUUUGACUGCCUCUAAAUAAAAAAAAAAUUGAUAUGUAGGAAUUGGAGCAGGUUUUAUGAUUAUGAAUUGUCCAUCUUUGGAGUUUUUUCAAAAUUCAACUUGAUAAGGCCCUGUGCAACCUCGUCUGAUGCUGAAGGAAAGCCUGCUUUGAGCAGGUGGUUUGACAAAAUUACCUCCAGAGCUUCCUUCCAAUGCAAAUUAUAUUGUGAUUCCAUGAUUAAAGGCAGCUUCAUGUCUUAGAACUCACAAAAUAUUUAAUCCAAAGAGCAAAAGUAUUCAAUACAACUUACAGAAACGUACAGAAAGACCACAUAAAAGAGAACAAAAUAAAUCAUAUUGAUUUCAUCCCAAAGCUCAAUGUUUUCAUGACUACAUGCAGGCAUGAGCCUAAGGGAAAAUACAUUCAGUGUCAGAAAAAAUGUCAUAACAGGUGAAAGAUUCCAUCUUGAUCUCCAGAAAACUCGAUUCAAAACAAAGGGGCUAUUUCAAAGCAAAAAAGUGUAUAAAUAGAACAAGAGUUCAUUUGGAAAAUAAAAUGUAAUUGCAAUGUGAUUAUCACACGAAUUUAAAAGCUACUACCAUUUUACCUGACUGUUUCGGGUGUAGUGUUUCUUGCAAUAACAGUCUCCUCAACAUUUAAAUGAACUCAGGGAAUACAGUAAGAACAUUGCAUUGUAUUGAAGUCUGCUCACUUCUGUGAGGAUCCCCCACCCCGAGCCCCUGCAGCUAUUGAAAAUAAUGAAUAAGCCACAAUUUUGUUAAAGAAAUCAGAAUGUACAUUAAGUAUUCCAAUAAUGUUAAAUCUACAAGAUCCAAUACACCUAGCUAAAAGCGUUACCUAAAUUCCAUGGGUUAUGCCUAUUGCUACCAGAAUCAUUAAUUCCCGUAAUAAAUAGAUUUUUCUCUCCUAGACAUUGAAGUGGUGGCUGACAGGCAUGAUAGUUUCUGUAAUAUUAAGACUGUCCUGUUAGGCACUACACCAGCAAAACUGACAUUUGCACUGCUUUCUCAUUAAAAUAGUUAGAAAAAGAAAGCAACUAGAUUUCUAGUAUUCUAGUCAAGUUGUUGGAAUAGUGGGCUUCAAGCCUAACAGUUGUCAAGUAACUGAAGUGACUGGCAGACACCGAUAAGAAAAAUUAAAAUGUUCUUUAAUGUAUCUUUGCUGACAGUUUUUUUAGUAACAGCAUUCUAAGGUGUUUUAUGGGGACUGGAUAUGAGAAGUACCUUAAAAUAAGGGUGAGAAAGUAUAGAAAAGGGACUGAAAUUGGAGGGGAAAUAAAUAAAGAGAACAGUUGAGAACAGAAAGACAGUAUGGAGACUAGAAAGAUAAACAAGAAAAAUAAUAUCUAAAAGGUAUAAAAUGGAGUGGGAUAAAGAAAAUGUUUGAAAAUGAAGCACAGAAAGAAUAGUGUGAUUCUAUGUGCAUUCCUUCUUCCCUCUAGAAAACUAACAAAUGGAAGAGUUAACUACACUAACCCUGGGUAAAAAUCUGUAGUUCUCACAUAGCUGAGCAGACGACAAUGUCUUGAAAUCUCUGUAUUGGUUCCAAAUUGGCCCUUUUAGCAUAGUGCAAAUAAUUUCCCAAAUGAGUGCAAACCACAGUUCAAAGAAUUCAUAAAAGUAUGUUUAAACAAAUUCUUUUACACCUAUGCUCACUUCUGGUCCCAGGUUACUCAACAGUUGUACAGGGAGCUGCAAAUAUGGUAGAGUAACUGAAAAGGUGCCCUGGGGUAUAUUUGUAAGUUAAGAAGCAUAUGCUCAUAUACAACAGAACUUAAAUCUGCUGCCUACAUGUAGGGUACUUACAUUUUGCCUAUUUAGGAAGUCAUAUAUUCUUCAAUAUUUGCUGCAGCAUUACCACAGAAAUUGCAGGAUCUCUCAAUCCAGUUUCAACUCUGUUCUGUUGGUAGUUGAGAAGGACAAAGUAGUUAGUUAGUAGUUAAUUAUGAGUGUGCUAUGUUUUCAGUCUGAACUUCUAUAUAUGAAGUUGUUAUUUAGGAACAGGGGAUAUAUAAUUCAAAGUACAGUUUUAGAAGACCUGUAUGUUAUGUUCUGACCUUUGCUGCUUCCAUUACUGGCAAUUCCACAUUUUCUGCCUGAAAUUAUUUUAAUAUUUUAUUCAUAAUUAUGUAAAUAUUUUUAAUAAGAUCAUACUAAAUGCUAGAUUAUUAGUCAUACUAAUACAUUAGUACUAAAUCUAGUAUUAGCCACUACCAUAUUUUGACUGCUAACAUUAUAAACAAAUAUGUUAUAUAUUUACAAGUUAGGCAUCUUUGCUGACAGUUAAGCUUCACUCUUAAGAUAAGCCUUAAAACUAUUUUACGAGUUUAACUAAAAAGGAGAUAAGUUAAUAUUUCACCAUGUCACACUGAGGUGUUUUUGCUGUAUCUUCUGUUUUUCCAAAAGAGUGGUAUUGAGAUGGUAACAACUAGCUAUGCUUUUGAAGGCCGUCUGACAAAGCAUUUAGAGGCACUUCAAUAUCUGGACAGUACUCAUUCUUCUCAAUUAUUUAUCAUUUAAAUGAGUCUAAUAAUUAACAGGGAUAAUUGCUCAAUGUUUUUUUUCUGAAACUGGAGUCUACAAAGUGUAAUCUGUAUGCAGCACAAAACCCGGUUCUUGCAGUAGAUGAAAACAAGAACUUUCAAGAUUUGUUCCUGAUGAUCAGAUGGAUCUUGAGAUCAGCCACGGAUUAAACAAAAAAGUGAUUGUGUGUAUCCCGAGUGAUGAGUAAGAUGUUUGAGGUCACCUUGCUUUGAGCAGCAGAGCUGACUACCUGGUUCCUAGAGGUCCCUUCCAACCUCAGUUACUCUGUGAUAACUGCUGGUGGGUCUGUUCUGUAAGAGAAAUUUAUGCCAGGAAAAAGUGCCUCUGGGAGGGGCAUCAGGAACAUGGAAAUGGGACAAAAAUACCUUGAGUGAGAAUAAAACAUUUGUGUGAAAUUUUCUGUUCAGAAGGGCAUUGAGUUAAAUCUUCAAAUACAAACACUAAGUAAUAUCUUUGUUAGUAGAUUAUAUUACUGUAAGAGUUCUCCAACGUCUUCUUAAUACAGUGUCCAGUUUUCAAUGUUUCAUUAUGUACUUUUUUGAGAGGUAACUGAAAAAUUCAUUCUGACAAAGGUAUCUGUACCACCUGUACUAAAACUAUAGAUUUAGCUCCCUAACUCUCACUGUACUUAUGUAUCUUCCCAAGGUAUUACUUAUAUGUAUCGUGCUUCAAAUGUACUGCUUGGGUGGAAACUCACUGUGUUUUUUCCACUUAUUACACAUCUGAGAACUGUAAAUAUCCAAAACAGUUGAAGUUGUGGUAUUUCAAACAGUGACAUAAUCUGCAUUGAUACAUCCUGCAAUAAAACUUCAUAAUCCCAUA